AUGGCUGAGGGUGUAAGAAAUCGUAGGUUUUCUUUGGGUUCACCGAAGGAUGUUCGGGAGGUUCACUUUUUCGAAGAGGACUCAAUACCAGACGUUCCUCCCACUGGCGCUCGUAUUAAGGUUUGUUAUGCAGGAGUUUGUUUAACAGAGCGAGAUAUUUCAAACACAAAACAGGCAAGAAUCACUCGUGGAAUAAGAGACACAAGUCUUUUCCCUGGGUAUGAAGUUUCGGGCAUUGUCGACGCGUUUGGAGAAAAUGCUAACCCCACAAGCGUUGGCCUUCACGUUAACGACAAAGUCAUCGUGUGGCCAACCGAAGAGAUGUGCCAACGUGGUUAUGCCGACUAUGUAGUUGUGCCAAGUCUCGACUAUUUAGUGAAAAUUCCUAGCUCUUUGUCGAUGCAUGUAGCAGCGAUACUUCCAGCAGGUGCCACUUGGGCAUUUUCUGCAGUUAGUCGGGCAAGACAUCUGGGUGAAGCGUUCUUAAAUUCAAGAGGCACGUGUACACUUUUGAUUGUUGGAUCUGGUGGACUUGGUUUGUGGUCAACAAAACUGGCCAAACAUUUCCUAGAUUUCGGUGAUAAAAGAGUUAAAAUUAUGGUUGCUGACCCCAGAGAAGCUCGAUUAUCUUUAGCCGAGAAGAAUGGGGCAGAUAUUGUUGUGCACUGGGACGAAAAUGAGUUUGAAGAUUAUUUGGUAAUGCGAACUAGAGACGCUGCACGGCAUGGCGGAAUCCAAAUGAUUUUUGACUUCGUUACUUCGCAGCGCUCUUUUGUUCGAUCUCUAAAAUGCUUGUCAGAGGGUGGUGUUUUGUUUGUUGGAGGUCUUUCGGGAUUUGACAUCCAGCUGCCUAUGAAACAGUUUUCACGCAACCAUUUGACGUUGGUUGGUAUUGAUCGUGGUACUAUUGAACAGUUGAAACAGUUAGUUGAACUGCUUUCCAGUGGACAAGUUGGGGCUCCCAGCUACAGCAUCCACCCUGUAAAUGAUGCACAGAAAGUUUUGAGGCAACUGAGCCAGUCAGAAUUAGAGGGCCGUGCUAUUCUUGAAGUAUGUAACCCAGAAAACGCAUUAAGGCGAUAA